AUGUCAUGGUUCAGACGGAAAUCAGGCCUGCCAGAAACCACUCAGCCUCCGGACCCGAGUGAGAAAGAACCGAGUGAGAAGUUUUCGCCGUCGCCAAAUCAAUCACCCAACAGCAAGAAUCCCAGGUUUGAGAGCAAUGUCCCAGGAAGGCAGCAGCAACGGCGGCCUUGGAGUGACUCGUUGGCCCAUGACUCUUCACUGCGAAUACCGCUGCAGCCACUCCCUUCAAAGUCGAAGGAGGAACCCAGUAGCACUGAGUUCAAUCAAUUGACCUUGGCCGACCAAAAUCGAUCCAACAACCACCUUUCGGAUCCCAUGAGACGCUCCAAACGCCCGGCGCUUGACCAGGACGCUUGCUAUCCGAACAAGAAGGACGAUCGAGGAUCAGGAUCGCACUUUUCCGGACGGCACGAAAACGCCCUGUCUUCACCCACACCUGCUUCCACGAGAACACCGACCCCAUCGCAAGGCUAUCGAUCGACCCAGAGGACGCCGGUGUCUUCUCCCAAGUUACCCCACCCGGCGCCUGCGUCGGGUCCUAAGCCACAUUCCCGCCAGCCGUCCCACCUCCACUCUGUGUCCCAGGAUGGUCCAUCGGACAAAGAGUCCAAAAUGCUCCUCCAACCAGAAACACGCCCUAUCUCCCACGAACAGCUCGUUAAUGAGGUGAAAGGAAUAUACGCAGGCCUCGUGAUGGUUGAGAAGAAGUGCGUCGAGAUCUGUCAGCAACAGUCCCAGACUACAAACAAGCUUUCCAAUGAGCAGUGGCAGGCCCUGAUUGCCUUACAUCGAACUCUGUUGCAUGAACACCAUGAUUUCUUCUUAGCCAGUCAACAUCCCACUGCUUCACCUGCACUUCGGCGACUACCGACCAAAUAUGCCAUGCCUGCGCGGAUGUGGAGACACGGUAUUCACUCUUUUCUUGAGUUGCUCCGUCAUCGAUUACCUUUCUCGCUCGAACACAUGCUCAGCUUUGUCUAUCUUGCCUAUCAAAUGAUGGGCUUGUUGAUGGAAUCGGUACCUGCCUUUCAUGAGACUUGGAUAGAAUGCUUAGGAGACCUUGCACGAUACCGGAUGGCCAUUGAAGAAUCUGACAUGCGAGAUCGAGAGCACUGGUCUAAUGUCGCCAGAAUGUGGUAUAAUCGCGCUGCCGAUUACUCACCAACAACUGGUCGUAUACAGCACCACUUGGCUGUAUUGGCGAGACCGAAUAUUGUUCGACAGCUCUUUUACUAUUCAAAGGCCCUUAUUAGCGGUAUCCCAUUUGUGAAUGCCCGGGAUUCGAUUAUGCUUUUAUUCUCUCCGUUUCUUGACAAAUAUGAGACAACAAGUCAAAAGUAUCUCAAGGUAGAAACUAGUCUGGUUACCGCGGCAGGAAUACUCUUCACUCAUGGCUUCAUUCAUGACUAUUGCUCGCACAUCACUCGUUUUGUAUCCGAGUUAGACGGCACUAUCAACCGAACCGGAUCGAAUUUUAAGAUGCAAGGAGCAGAGAUGGCAUCGUCUUUGAUCGCCAUGAUUCUCGACUUCGGAUCCGAUGAAAAUUACCUUUGGAAGGCCCUUUGUGCGAAUUUCGAGAAGAGUAAACAGACCCAAACCGAAGGACAAUCGGAUCCCAAUUCUGCCAAAAUUCAAUCUGAGAAUCCUAUGAUCAAGGCUCAACUACACCGCAAAUUCUGGGAGCAAGAACGCCCUAUCAAUGCGCGAGACUUUAUUCAGGUUGCUGCGCCACUUGGUGACCGACUAGGGGUCAAAUUCUCUUCAUCUGACGAAGUCACAUCAUACGUUCUGCCUAUCUGGCAUCAGUGCACUUCCAUUGUUGCGUCCAAGGUUGGAGAUAGGAACAUCCUACCCUAUCUACACUUUACUUUAGCGUUUCUAUGGAGCCUGUCAUAUUUUCCAGAAGGUUUCAUCUAUCUUGAGAACUAUGUUCCGUGGGACAAAUUGGUUUUGUCAUUGAAUUCAAUCAGCAGAUCUGGUGUGGUGGACAAUAAAGUUGAGUUCCCUAUCUUCCCUCCACAACAGUCAGGCACAGGCCGUCAGUUACCAGAGGAUUUCUUAAUGCGUGGAUUUCAAUGGUCUCAACACUAUUAUCCCGCCGACUUUUUUGAAGGCCAAGUGACAGACGAGGAUGACCGCACGUUGGAGCUUCCAAGUCAUGCAGCGCCACGUGCAGAGAGGUGUCUCUGGCUUGGCGUAAGACUUGCAUCUUUACAACGCUACAUCGUCUAUGACAGCAUCUCGAAAUUGUUUUCCUGCACGGAAUUCACACAAGCUUUGCCACCUGUUUCUUUUCCCAAUACGUUUCAGUUCCCCGCCGGCCUUGAGCAUGGAGAAGACAGCUCGAUGAUAGACGUGGCCUGA